AUGAUGCAGGGCUUUGGCGCCAACACCUUCGUGCCGGUCAACAAGGAAGGUAAGCGACAUUUCGUCAAGUUCCUCUGGAUCCCUCAUUUGGGAGUGCAUUCCCUGGUGUGGGAUGAGUCCUUGAAGCUGGCCGGACAGGACCCGGACUCCCAUCGCAAGGACCUGAUAGAAGCCAUCGACAAUAAAGCGUAUCCCAAGUGGGCCUUCGCUAUCCAAGUCAUCCCCGAAGAGAAACAGGGCCACUUUGUGUUCGCCAUUUUGGUUGCCACUAAAAUCUGGCCCGAAGAACUCGUCGACGUUGCGAUUGAGCUCCAUAUUGCCAAUCACACGCAAUCCCAUGUCGUGCCCGGCAUUGACUUUUCCGACGAUCCGUUGCGGCAGGGCCGAAAAUUUUCCUACUUCGAUACCCAGAUCAGUCGAUUGGAUUGGGCGACAUUUGGGAGGAAAUUCCCAUCAAUCGCCAGGUGCUCAUGUGCUGGAGAAGGCAUAUCGUCCGACCACGGGAAGCGCUCCAAGCAUCUCUCGCAGAUGAAAUUUCCGCCCAGUGAGCCUACCAUCGCCAGUCUUCGCAUCACUAUCAUCAUUGGCGACAGAUACGACCCGGUGGCAUUUAAUGGGAUCAAGACGGCCGUCGCAUCUGCUGGCGCCCUGUCGUUCGAUAUCGGCAUGAAGCGAUCGCUUAUCUACGCGCAUGGCGAGUCAAAGGAGUCUGCAAAAUGA